CGCGGACGCAGACGCAUGUUUUGACUUGAGACAGGAAGAGAGAGAGAAGCUGAAUGUUCUAUAACUGCGAUAAGAUGUAGUCUUUGUACAUCAAUCUGUUUUCAAACGAUCAUUAGCAGUACUACCUACAAGUAUGGAAGGAGAAGGUGAUGGUAGAUUUCAGACAGAGGAUGAAAGUGAGAGUAUGGAAGGGGCUGAUGGUGGUCAAAGUCCUACUGUUCUGUCUGAUAACAAGGAUGACACAACACAAGGCGCAGAUGGCAGCACCACGCCCACUCCAGAGGAAGGUAACCAGAUAAAUGAUGAGGAAUCAAUAGCUUCCACAGAGACUACCCUGACUACAAAAGCAGAUAGAGAAGUGCAAGAAUUAAUGAAAUCUGUUAUUGACAAUUCUGAAACUACAUCCAAUGAGGAUCAAUCAAGCUUUACUCAGGAUGGUAGUGAGGCUACUGAGAUACACAUACCAGAACUGGACAUUAGCUUUGACCAAUCAGAAACCGGUUCUGUUAUUUUAGGACAAAAUACUGACCGAUCAGAAAAUGGUUCAGUCAUCAGAGGUGGUGUUGAGCAAUCAGGAAAUGGGUCAGUUAUUGAAAGCGCUGACCAGUCAGACAGUGGCUCUGUUAUUGAAAUAGAAGGUGCUUUUUCACAGGAAACCAACAACAUUAUCAGUAACGAUAACAAGCUUGAUUCUCAGGAAGACAAACCAGAAACUUCAAGUACAAAUUUUGUCCAACAGUCAGAAGACAAUUAUAAACUUUCAACUUCAGAACAAUCAGGUUCAAGUGAAAGUGAUGACAUUAUGCCAGAUGAGGGCCAGUUGAUACACAGGGAAGCCGCCUCACCAGUCCUCAUUACCCAACCACCAAAUGGCACUGUUUCCCCUGUGAUGCAGGUCAAAGAUGGUAAUGUAUCUCCAGAACAACUUAUAAUAGAGAUAUCUGAAGAUGGUAAUGUUACUCCAACUUUCCAUGGGGAGGAGAUGUCCCAAGAUGGUACAAUAUCUGAUACCCAGUCGAAGGAGAGGUCAGAAAACCGAACACCAUUAGAUCUACAAUCACAGGAAAAUAUUCAAGAUGAACAAGACGUUGAUCACCAUAGUCUGACUUCUGUAUCAGAUUCACAAUUGGAGGAGUAUGACAGCAUGAGUUCCUUUGGUCAACACAUGAAACAGGAAGAAGAGGACCACCAAGGUCAAGGUAAUGGUGAUUACAGUGAAGGUCAAUCUUCAGAUGGAAAUAUUCAGCCAAACAAAACUGACAGUGUAACUUUCACUAGUAAACCUAUAGGUGAUGGAUAUGGAGCUGAUGAUGUUGAGGUUAGAGGAAAAGAAGAAAUGAAGGAAGUAUUAGAUGAUUCUGGAGAAGAGGAUUCAAGUCAAUUUGCCCAGUUAAUUGUUCAGCAUGUUCUAGGUCAUGCAGUAUCAUCUUUUAAUGAGAGUGACACCUCACUUCAUGAUGACGCAACAGAGGCAGGGUCAUCGGCGUCUAUGCCUACAGAUGGAGACGUGAAACCCACAAUCAAUGGCAAGCCAGCACCCCCAUCUAAUGAGGCAACUCAUACAGAAGUCAGGGCAAAUAUUAAUGAGAAGAGUGUUUCACUGGACCAGGGUCAGAGUGAUGGUGUCAGGAGUCUCAUAGAUAUACAGCUUGAUAACAGUACUAACCUUGAGUAUUCAUCGGGUGGAAGUGGUAUAGAUCUUCCUAAAAGAUCUAAUAUAACUCUAGAUUCUGAGAUGGAAAAUGAAACUUUUGAUAUUUCCAUGGUUUCUUGUGAUAGUACCCAGACAGACAACCCAGAAGGUAUUGUUAUCUGUGGGAAGGGAGUGCAAAAGUAUACUGUCGAGGAUACCAUGUCCGACACAGAUUGUGGACCACAGGGCCUACGCAAGUUAGCUCCCUUAGCAGCUUAUCCUGAAUUUCCUGAAAAUUACGGUAAUUACAAAGUGUGUAGAACUGUAGGACCAAACGAAAAAGAGUGUUUAAUUCUGGAAACAGGGGAAAAUAUCACUUGCAAAAAGAAUGGCAAAAUUCCAAAAAAGUAUCCAGUUGAGCAAUUUGACAGGGGUAAUUGUGAGGGUUUCGUAUCCCCACCACCAAAUGAGAGUCAGUCCCCUCACAAUUCUCAGGUUUCAUCACCCUCAAGUGGCUCCAGUAGUCAUAAAUCUUUCCAUAUCAAGAAAAGUCCUGAGAAAGCCAAUGUCCCUUUGAAAACUUCUAUGCCUAGAGAAGGUGAGGAGGUAAACAGACAUCCAGUAGGUAAUGGUUCAGUCAAUCCGGCCCUUUAUAGUGUAAAUGGUGGAUGUCCUCCAGGUCUCUCCUCUCAACAAAAUGGAAACCCUAUGAUACCAAUGUCAGAAAACAAUUUUCAUGAUGGUGGACAUGAUGGUUAUAAUGGUCAUUUAACUUCAGAUGUUUACAGAGAUCAGUAUAAAAAUCAAGUGACAGAUGAUCGUGUAAACAAGGUGAGCGACAGUGGCCUCCCUGUGGACCAAGGUGAUGGCAGACAGUACAAUAGCUAUGGACCCGUGUCACAGGCAGUCAAUAGUGAUGUAUCAAGUCAUACUGGCUACCAGGGUGAUAGUGCCCAACGUCAGCCUCAGCUUCUUAACUCAGAGAUAUUCCAGGAUCCAAUUUCUGUUCGAUUGACUCAAAACUCAAAUGGUAGAGAAAGAAUUGACCACAGAAUCCUUCAGUCCUCGAGUUUAUAUGCUCCUGGUUCUGGACUAUCUUUAUCACAUAGUUCACAAGUUCAAGGUCAAAGAGGACAUCCUUCAAGGUCACUAAAUGAUAUGGGAACAGAUAGACAGCCUGCUACAUCCCAGUUCAGACAUCAAGCCCCACUUCAAAGUGAGCUUUCUGAGCAGGAUGGGAGUACACAGAACAGGGGGCCUCUCAUCACAGAGAAAGACUUGCAAAGGUAUAAUGUGAACUUCACUGACCCUGGGGCCUAUCAGAGGUACCAACAGAUACUGGCCAGGGAAAACAGUACUGGUGAAACCUAUGCCAAGUUCCCGUCAGUGCCUUAUCGUGGUCAGACUCAAACCGUAUCAAAUGAACCACCCAUGGAGUUGGUGGAUAGUAUUUACAACCGAGUGCUACGUAAUGAAAACCCAAGUGAUUGCUUACGAAACCAGCUGCCACAAGGGGCAUUUGAAGGUAGUUAUCUAGACACCAGGAAUGACCCUGAUGCAUCAACUGAUUUAACUGAGAAUGAGAAAUCUCUAUUGGCUCGUAUAUACGAGGAGUACGGAGCAACACACCUGAGCGCUGGUAUACCCCAGUGGUCAUCCUCACUGGCCAGUGGCCAGAGUGUCCUGAGUAAUGAUGGCACCAUAUCCACUCUUAGCUCUGGACCAGUACCAUCAUUUAAAACUCUGCAAGAGCAGCAGACAAGCUGGAUGCAGAUGUUUACGACACUGGAGGAGAAACAUGAACAGGAGAUGAAACAUCAGCAUCGCCAGCACAAGGAGACCAUAUUUGAGAUGCAGCAGAGGAUGGAGAAUGAGCUGUUUGACCAACAGCAGCAGCUGAGACGUAAGCUCAAGGUUCAUAAGGAGGCUUUGGAAAAUAGCUCAUCUCUUAACAGCACAGCUGAACUGCAGGCACCAGACACUUACAGAAGUGAGGUGAGUCAAAGAUCAUCAGACAGAUCUCCUUAUAUGUCUCCCAGACAACAACAGGACUACAACUCCCCAAGACAAUCCCAGAAUCAAGGUUCUACUAGACAUCCCCGUGAACAUUCUCCCUCCUGGCGUGAAAUUUACCAGGAAGUCCGACGAGAAAUGGACAUUCCUCCACCUGUCAGGCGGUCACUGGAGGGCGACUUUUCUCUCACUGCUAAACAAUCACCUGCACAGAGGGCUCACAGUUCACCCCCUACAUUGACAACACCUCCAAGGUCAAGGUCACCGGAAAGAUCUAGAUCUCCAAGGCCAAAAUCUCCACCAAGGUCAAGACUUCAACGAUCAAAGUCACCACCAAUGUCAAGGUCAUCAAGAGCAAGGUCACCUUCAAGAUCAAGAUCACCUCCAAGGUCAAGAUCACCUAAAGCAAGGUCACCACCUAGGUCAAGAUCACCACCCAGAGUUAGAUCAAGGUCACCACCAUUAUCUAGGCCCUAUCUGGAGAGGAUGGCUGUUGAUCCCGGUGAGGUACCUCCAAGGGCUGGAGUGUACAGCAGUCCCAUGCCCAUACGUCGUGGAAAAGGCAGUCAGUCGAAGCUGUCUUCAUCAGCCAAACCUACAACACCCCCAAGAAACAAGGAGAUCUACCCCCUGAUUGUCUCCCCUUCUCUGAGUGAGAAGCGCCAGAGUUCUGUUCUCCAUAGGGAACUAGAGGACCGACAUCGUCAACGUGUGGAGCAGCAGGAGAGCUUCGACACAGAGCUGUAUAGUUCAGCCACCCUAUCUGAUGAUGUUCAUCUCUCCUCCAGCACAAGAGUAGGAUUGAGGGAAAAGCAUGCCAAGCACAUGGCAGACCUGCGGGAAUACUACGAGAAGGAGCUCCAGGGGCUGAGGCAAGCUCUUAAGGCAUCCGACAAUGACACUGUCAGUGGACAUGAGUCACUUCAACAUUUUGUAUCAGAAAAUGAGAAGUUGCAACGCGAGUUUAGGUUACAGAGAGAGAAGAUUAUCGACUUGGAGGAUAAAUUAGACAUUUCUAACAGAAGGAACUAUGAGAUUGAACAGAAAGUACAGGCACUAGAGACCAGAGCUAUUGAAUAUGCAGACUACUACAAGGAAGCCCAGGAUAAGAUAUCCACAUUCCGCAGCACAGUAGAGGAGCUACAGUUCCGUAGUGGGGAGAAGGAUGACCUACUAGAACAGCUGAGGGCGGAGAACAAUGCACACAAGAACAAUCUGAAAAAGGCUAAGAAAAUACAAGAGGACCAGGCCACCUACAUCCACCGGGACCGUACUGCUCUGGAGAAGGUGGUAGAACAGUACCAGGCCAAUGAGAGGGAACGUGCCAUACUCAAGGAAUCUGUCAAUGACCUUGAAAAUAAAAUGUAUGAUGUCAGGACAGAAAACGUUGAGAUGAAGAGAACCAUCACCAAGCUAGAGUUGGAGAACAAGAGGCUGAGCAGGGAAAAUGACAACCUACAUCACAAAAUCACGCAGGGCAUCAGUCACAAUAUAUCUGGUUCCAUCUACAACAGUCUACAUGAAUCCCUAGGGGUCCAGCAGGAAGCAUUGGCCCUAGAUCAUCGCCGCCCUUCUCCUUCCCCUUCCAGACCUCAGCCUGCCAGUAACCCCGUUCCGACUAAACCUCAGUUUGACAAUAACUGUGCUCCUUCAAACCCUCAAACAGACCGCUACCAUGGCACAUCUAGGCUUCAACCCCAAUCAGAAGGUCACACCCCCUCUAGGCCACAGCCUAGGUCAACACCGUAUGUGGAUAAUGAUAGAAUGAAUGGUUCAUUACACCAAAGUCCACCUCAGGAGGACUCCAGUGUUCUCAAUGGAUCCUUCCACAGAACAGAGGACACACUACCAAUGAGAACACCACCUAGAAACAAAAGGUCACCACCAGAGAAGGACAAUAAUGUGUCAUCUCCAAUCAUGCGGGCAGAAGAGGAGCUCUACCGACUGCGGGAUGUUUUACGGAACUCUCCUACAACAUCGAGGGAGCCUGCUCAGCCAAAAAUACAGAAAAAGAAGUUCUAUGGUAGUGACAUGGUUACGCCAAGUCGACAGACAGACAUGUCCCCUGAUAGGCACUCAGACAAUAUGAAACUGAAGAAAAAGUCUACAUCCAGUUCUCCGUUAGUGAAAUCCUCAAAAAGUUCCAAAUUAGAGUCAGCAAAUUCAAAAUCAAAAUCCUCGUCACGUAGAACUACACAGACAUCAGCCAAAGGUCAAAAUGGGAAAGAAGAUUUUUCUAGUCAGACAAGAUUUGAUGUAAAUUCUGAAAAUAAAAUGUCAAGGUCACCUGGUGAUGGCCUUCCACAGCCUAGUGGUGUUGUAUGGACAAAUAAGAAACCCCCAGGAGGAGGUAACUCCAGUAUUCCACGUGGGGAGGACAGGAGGAAGAACAAAGAAGCUGUAGUGCCGUCGGAGCCAAGUAUGACUGUGGAUGAGAUGUUGGACAGGGUGCGAGCUGGGGACUACCUCUCUAGGCCGGACUGGGAAGAUACAUAUACCUCUAUGGCAUCUAAACCUAAGGCUGCACCGCCCUCUCCACGACAACCUACAUCUCGGGAAGACAGAAUUAAAGAGAGGCUGCGAUCCAUAGGAGAUAUGGAACACCGAUAUGAUGACCUCAAUUCACAAAAACGCCAGCUUGAAUCGUCUCUCAGCCGGUUACCGUCACAAGGAAAAAGCCGAAAAAAGAGAGAGGACCUAGAGGAUAACUUGGACCGAGUGGAGAGGGAAUUGGGAUCAGUGAGAAUGUCACUGAAGCGAUACAACGUCCUCAAAUCCUCUAUAUAAACCGCUGUGGGACACAAUAUUUUACCUAGUGAAAGGUUGUCCGUCACUAUUCACCAAUACUGUCUACUGUUAACGACCGAUUAGUUUGGAGGAUUCACUUGUUUGGAGAUAUUUUGACACAUUUGUCUAAUGUCUUCAGAAUGGAGUCAAAUUCUGAGCCGCAGACUCUGCACCCUCCUGGACACAAGUACAGUGUGAUAGAGUGUGUGUCGGUGCACAUGGUAGAGCAAAGAUGGUAAAAGAAGGAGUGACAUUUCAAAAAUAAAAAAAAAUAAAAGUGGAAAAUGUCAUGAAAGGUGCAAGCCCAGGUCAAGGCCCCACGGAUUUUCAGCUGAAUCUAAUAAUCAUAACACUCCAUAUCACAUGUGUGUACAUACAUAUACAUACUGCCUUCUUCUGUUUACAUUGCAUAUAUAUGAUGUAAGAAUAAUAUGUCAUUGAUCUGCUUGAUCGAUUUCUAGAAACAAUUAUUGAGAAAUAUAUAAUAUUUAUUAUUAACAUAACUAAAGCUUACAGCCAUUCCAUACCUCUUGUUCAAUUGUAUACACUAUGUGUACAAAUAAGGAUAUAUCGUUACUUUGGUAUCCAUUUACCAAUUUGUCAGAUUAUUUUCUAAAACAUAACCUAGUAGAGAUGAACUAUUCUGUUACAUUCUACCCUAUACAUGUACCAGGAUUCUAUGACUGUUCAUAAGUCAGUAUAACAAAGAAAAGGUGGAAAGUUUCUCUAAUACAUAAACUGUUAAUGUAGUUCUCAUGGAUGUAGUGUGCAGGGAAUUUAGCACUUGAAGAGAAAAUACAGAGAGAUUGGACUGCUUCUUGAACUCGCCCCUUUAUUUAAGAUUGGUUUUUGUUUAACGUCCUAGCUAUCACAGCUAAUGUCAUUUAAAGGGUAUAUUUUGUGAUAACAUACAUGGAUGUAGAAUUUGUAAAACAAAGGGAUGUGUCUGAUGCUGAGCAAAGUCGGGUUACUAGUAAGAUAUGGUUAAUUGGUCAAUAUUUAUGAUACCAAUUCGUUACUUUCCCAAAGUAUGAAGUUCCUGACCUCCUCUUCAGCACUGAUAAUGCAGGUAACUAAUCAGGAAAUGGACUAGGAAAAACACUCCAUCUUUAACUGGGUAUAGGGAAAUGAUGUCAUAGGGACUAGGCAAAACACUUCCAUCUAUAACUGGGUAUGGGGAGGUCAUGGGGAAAUGAC